CAACUCUCUUCAACUCUGGGUUUAGUUGGCGUUUGGCUGAACAGAGCACAGGAGGACGACAGACCACAACGAAGGCAGCAGCAUGAAGAUCAUCGACAAGAUCAACGAAAAGAUUGAGAAGAAGGAACCGUUCUACUCCUUCGAGUACUUCCCUCCCAAGACCCCCGCCGGCGUCACCAACCUGUACACGCGCAUGGAUCGUAUGGCGCUGAUGGAGCCGCUGUUCUGCGAUAUGACGUGGGGUGCCGGCGGCAGCACGGCCAGCAUGACCAUCGAGCUUUGCGUGAACGCGCAGAAGUUGAGUGGCCUUGAGAUGCUCAUGCACUUAACCUGUACGAACAUGCCCAAGGGCAGCAUCAAGAACGCGCUUGACUCGGCCAAGGACGCCGGCAUCCAGAACAUCCUCGCGCUGCGCGGCGACCCGCCGCGCGGCCAGACCGAGUUCAAGGAGUGCGAGGGCGGGUUCGCGUACGCGAUCGACCUCGUCAAGUACAUCCGCGAGGAAUACGGCGACUACUUCUGCAUCGCCGUGGCGGGGUACCCCGAGGGCCACUCGGAUGCCAAGGACCUGGACACGGACAUCUUGCACCUCAAGGAGAAAGUGGAUGCGGGCGCCGACUUUAUCGUCACGCAACUGUUCUACGACGUGCAUAAGUACUUUGACUUUGUCGACAAGUGCCGCGCCGUGGGCAUCAACGUGCCCAUCCUUCCCGGGAUCAUGCCCAUUCAAAACUACAAUGGCUUUGUCCGCAUGAGCAGCAUGUGCGGCCACGUUCCCGACGCGAUUCUCCAAGCGUUGGAGCCAAUCAAAGACAACGACGAAGCAGUCAAGGACUACGGCGUCGAGCUCGGCAUCCAAAUGUGCCGCGAUCUGCUCGAUCACGGAGUUCCCGGCCUGCACAUGUACACGCUCAACCUCGAGCGCUCCACGCGCCUCAUCCUGGAAGGACUUGGCCUUACCGCGACCGCCCGCCGCGAACUCCCCUGGCGUCCGUCGACACUGGCGAAACGCGCCGGCGAGACGGUGCGCCCCAUCUUUUGGGCUAACCGGCCCAAGAGUUAUCUGGACCGAACGGCCAGCUGGGACGAAUUCCCGAACGGCCGGUGGGGGUCGAGCGAAAGCCCAGCUUUUGGCGACUUGAAUGAAUCGUACUACUCGCACACGACCGCGUCCGUCCAGGAGCGCAAGGCCAUGUGGGGAGAAAGUCCAGUGACGUAUGCCGACGUGUACGAGACGUUUACGCGGUACGUGAUGGGCGCCGUUAAGUCGCUGCCGUGGUGCGACACGCCUCUGCAUCUCGAGACCAAGUCGAUCCAGGAGCGUCUCGCCGCCGUCAACCGCGCGGGGUACUUGACCAUCAACAGCCAGCCGCGUGUGAACGCCGCGCCGUCCGACGACCCCAUGUUCGGCUGGGGUGGCCCUGGCGGACACGUAUACCAGAAGGCGUACGUCGAAUGCUUUGUCUCGCCCGAAAACCUCAAGCGCAUCAUCGAAAAGUGCAACAAGAUGAAGCAUGUGCAGUACCAUGCCGUGGACGUGAACGGCAACUCGUACUCGAACUGCGGCAAGGGCACCACCGCCGUCACGUGGGGCUCGUUCCCUAACAAGGAGAUCCUGCAACCCACGAUCGUCGACACGGACAGCUUCAUGGCGUGGAAGGACGAAGCGUUCAGUCUGUGGCUGUCCAUGUGGGCCUCCUUGUACCACGACGAGUCGGCCGCGCACGCCUUGAUCCACCAGAUCCGCGACUCGUUCUUCCUCGUCAGCAUCGUCGACAACAACUUUGUCAACGGCGACAUCUGGGACGCUUUUGACGUGGACGUCACGACCGCCUCCGCUGCCGGCCCUUAAGUGAGCCCACCAGCGCAGGUUGUUCCAACGUCGUGUCGUCGUGAGGUGUGCACACUCCUCCUCGAUUGAGUUUGAGCAGGAUGCAAGUACUGAUGUAUGCACCUCCGCCACAUCUCCACCGUCCCCUCCGUUAGAAACGUUAAUAAACCCAUGUCAUAUGCUUGGCUGGCCUUCGGGCUGCCAGCAACCCUCC